AUGAAAGUGGCUCUCGAUAUUGUCAAUGAUACUGUCAGCGACGAAGGGAAUGUCUCUGAGCUAAGGGUUGAUCCAUCUGGUAGACCGUUGCAGCCAACACCGACCAGAGACACCGAGGAUCCACUCAACUGGCCCAUCUGGCAGAAGUACAUAUGUAUAGCCAUUGUCGUAUAUAGCUACUUUUUACUCACUUAUUUCACCACCACCAUUAUCCCUUCCUUUGGAUAUUUGGAAGAGCAGUUGGACAUAUCUUACAAUCAGGUCAGCUGGACUUUCGCCAUACCAUGCCUCGGCCUGGCAGCGGGGCCACUGCUCGUAGGCGCUUUGGCCGACACGUACGGAAGGCGUCCGGUCUUGAUAGGAUCUACCGCACUCGCUGUUGUGGCCAGUGGAUGCACUUCAAUCAAGUCUAUAAAUUUCAGUGGAUACAUGGCGGUCAGGUUUUUUCAAGGCCUCGGGGCUGGGCCAGCUGCGAACAUCGGCUUACUGAUCAUCAAUGACAUAUCUUGGGAGCAUCAAAGAGGAUUCCGUGUCGGGCUGUGGACGAUUGCAGCAAACAUGGGAACUUGUCUCGGAGGCGUUUUUGGUGGCUUGCUUGCCACAUCUGGGGAAUGGGUUGCAUACCAUGUCACUAUUAUGUUUAGCAUCCAGCUACUUGCCCAAUGUUUCUUCCUCCCAGAAACUCUGUAUCCACGCUCGGCAGUGGUAUCCGCAGAAUCACGUGGGGGAAAUGCGGACCAACUGAACAUUCCCAGAUCAAGGCAGCUCGGAUAUCUUAACUUGCGCAAAAUACCUGGUGUUCCGCACCCCGGACCGUGGGUCACAUUGGUUCAAUUUUUGGUUCUCUUUAAAUAUCCGACCGUCGUCCUCAGUGUUUUUGCCUAUGUAUUUCUGCAGUAUUGGUGGAUCUGCAGCAUAGCGACGCUGGUUCCAGAUGCAUACUCUGAAUAUAGUCCAGCCAUACAAGGGAUCCUUUUACUUGGACUGAUGAUUGGUCUUCUUGCGGCAGAGCUGGCAUGCUCUGGUCAUCUCAGUGACAAGAUGAUGCUCAUUUUAACCAAGAAGAAUCAUGGCAACAGAAUACCGGAAAUGCGACUCUGGCUUGGACUUCCAGCCGCCGUGGUCUCGUCCAUCGGGCUGCUCAUCUGGGGCUUCUCCGUUGACAAAGGAUGGCACUGGAUCACCGGACAGAUUGCAUUUGUUUUAUAUGCCCUUGGACUUCAGAUGGGUAAUACUGUCCUGUCGUCUUAUCUAGUAGAUAAUUACCCCGACUACGCGAAUGAGGUCAUUACCUUCUACACCGUCAUUAUCAAUCUGUCUGCAUUCAUCAAUCCUUGGUUCAUUUUCCCGUGGGUGGAGGCUUCGGGGUACACAUGGACGUUUGCAGCCCAAUGCAUCUCUAAGAAGCUCAAGACCCAUUGCGAUCAGUCGACUCCAUGUUCGAACUGUGCUAAGCGUUCGUUACAAUGCGAAUAUAGAUCACUCGAAGUGCCUCUCCCAAGUGCUGCAACUCGCACUGAUAUCCAGCAACCAGACCGCUCAACUUCGGCUGCAAGCCUGCCAUAUGAAGAUCCCAUCAAGCGUAGAACACCUCCUACCGCGUCUCCAGCAGAAUCAGAUAGUCUGCGAACAUCUUACUUGCGUGAACCCGAAAUUCGCGAACGGCCGGUGACUAAACCGACCCUCGCAUCAACUGAGCCAGUGGCGGAGUUUGCAAAUGUUUCCGUGGCGAAUCAGCAACCGGAAAAUGAAUCAGGAUUUGAAGAAGUCAAUCGCCACACUCGUGGAACAGAAUACUAUGGCCCAGUAUCUCUAUUCAGCUUCCUACGGAGACUUCGGUCACGAGCUCACAGUCAGAAACUGAGAACGGCGGACAAACCAGAGACUCGGAGCAACAGAGACGCUCGAGACAUGUCAAUUGUCAACUUGCUGCACAGUUCUGACUUUCCUGUAACAACUCCAAAAUGGGACGGCCCUGCUAUCAGCGAAACAGUUCGACGCGCAAGUUCCCAGCAGUCGCCGUGGACGCGCCAGCCCAGUGCUUCACCUACACAAACUGGAUCAGCAAGGCGGCCAUCAAUGUCAUCCUCGGUGCACACAACGGUUCCUCGACUCUCGAACCAGGACAUUGAGCGUGAAUGUGUUCGACUCUACUUUUUGAACCUGCACAUUGUGCACCCAUUUUUAGAUCAAACUCAGUUCAUCGAGAGAUGUGAAUCCGAAGUUUGGAGUCUUCGCCCCGGACAAGAAGUGUCCCAAUCGCCAUUUCUUGCAUUGUUCAACGCAGUUCUAGCUGUUGGUGCCAUCAAUGCUGGUGAAGAUGCUUCGUUCAUGCGGGAUACAAUGAGCGUGAGACAGGCCGAACGCUACGCUGGUCAUCAAGACCGUAAGGCGCCUACUUAUCCGCCACUAAAACUAGCGAAACUGUUUUUUGAAAGAGCUAAGACGCAUUUGGGAGAUGUCUUUGAGGCUUGUUCGUUAGAGAGUACGCAGGCCUUGUUCCUCAUGGCAGUCUUUUGCCAAAAUGCCCUCAAGCCUCAUAGCUGCUACCUCUACUGCGGAAUGGCAGUACGUGGUGCUCUUGCCAUUGGCUUACCAAAUUAUACAGGUCCGGAGCUUGUUCGAGCAAGCACUACAUGGUGGGGGUUGUACUCAUUUGAAAUCGAGAUGUGCGCUGCUGCUGGGCGCGAAUCAUCGUUGCGUGAACCAGAACGCUAUCGCAUCCGAUUACCACAUUUCGCAGCGCCAGAUGAUCCAAAACAGCCUUUUCAAACCUAUAUGAUUUCGCUAGCGCAAAUUGUAGAAGAGCUCAGUCAGGAAACCACCGAUCCUGAAUUUAACCUUCAUUUGCCGGAGAAAAGUGUACGAUGUCUCGAGAUUGAUAGAAAGCUGGUCAACUGGAAGAAUCAGCUGCCGCCAAAUCUUGAUUGGGAUUCAGCAAGCCUAGUAGAGCCAGAGUGGGUGAGCAAACAGAAGGUGGUCCUUCGCAAUCGUUUUCUCAACACUCGCCUCCUUCUUCAUCGACCGUUCCUAAUCGCCGCCGCAGCUGAAACAUCUCCGCAAUUGAGCAAUCAUAGUCGGCCAUACGCCAUCCACGUCGCUGCAUGCGUGAAUGCCUCAGUGCAUACCAUUGAAUCCCUUUACGAGAUGUACAAACACAGACCCUACUUUCGUACUUGGUGGUACAAUACAACAUAUACUUUGUACGCUAGCAUGGUGCUUCUUUACGUCAUACUAUCAAACAUCAACAUCGAGGUUGAUGGCACAAACCCCACGUAUACCAGAGCACACCUCAUGCGCAUUGUACAGAAGAGCAUAGAGAUAUUCCAAGCCAUGAAUAUGGUUGCAGUGGCUCGCCGCUGUGCCGAGGUCACACAGGAAGUUCUCGACAUAGCGAAACGUUCAUCACCGCAGGGUGCGCCACAGCAGCCUUAUGUUGCUUCGACACCGAGCUCGAGCACUGAUGCGGCUGCUGCGCAAACCGCUUUGGCGAACGCAAGCUUCGAAAGUAGCGACUUUCCAGGCUUCGACUUUGACAAUCUUGAUUUCUUGGUUGAUCCGAACCUUAUGGAUGGAUUGGCGCCGUAUGCCGCGACAGGCAUGGACGGGAGCUUGGAUUUCAUGGACUUCAACAGCGUUUUGAAUUCGGGGCCAUCAACCUAG